AUGUCUGAACUCUCUUCCAAAUUUCAUAACCUUCGCGUCUCCCUCAAGGGUGGCGACGUCGUCGACGAAGAUCUCGGCGGUGCCAUCGGCCACGACUCCGUCGGUGGCGGCGGCCGCAGCACCGUCCGCGCCGACCACGAAAUUGCCAAGUUACGCGUUAGCCACGCCCUGCGCUCGUUUCUCGUCGACCGCGGUGUGCUCUCGGAACAGGAUGCCAACCUUGACGAUAAGAGCGACGACGUCCGCACCCCGGCUCUCACCGCCCUGCUCGCUCGCGGCGACUUCGUCGCGCCCCAGGAACUCGUCGACCGCAAUCACCCGCUGCCCGAGUACUUUGUGAGCUCCUCCCACAACACCUACCUCAUGGCCCACCAGCUCUACGGCAAGUCCUCUGCCGAGGCCUACGAGACGGCCAUCCGCACCGGCUCCCGCUGCGUCGAGAUUGACGCCUGGGACAACAGCGACGACAAGAACGAACCCAAAGUCACCCACGGCUACACCCUGGUGUCGCACAUUUCCUUUCGCGCCGUGUGCGAGACUAUCCGCGAUAUGCACGACGAAGAGGCCGCCAUCUCCGCCAAGUAUCCCGACCACGCCCCGACACCUAUCUUGCUGUCCUUGGAAAACCACUGCGGACCCGAGGGCCAGAAGCGCCUCGUCGAAAUCAUGCACGAAGUCUUUGGAGAGCGUCUGCUCUCUGCGCCGCUGCGCGAGGAGCUUGUAGAGCACCAUGCAGAGGAACACGAGGCCGACGGUCGUGACCACGACCCAGCUGAGCAUGUCACUCUCAGAGAGCUGGGCGAUAAAAUUGCCGUUAUUGUUGAACACCACUUUAGCGACGACGUCCUCGACAGCGACUCUCAGAGCGAAGACGAAGAAGAUGAAGAGAUUCAGGAAGCUGAGCGCAAAGCCCGCGAAGCGUACAAGGCCAACAAAAAGGACGAAGCCAAGAACAGCCAAAUCAUCAUCCCCGAACUCGCUGCACUCGGCGUGUACGCGCAAUCUGUCAAACCCCGCGACAAUUCAUGGUUCGAUCCCGGCGAGCUGCUUGAAGGACCACACCACCACCUCAUCAACGUCUCCGAGUCUGGCCUCGCCGGACACCUCCCCGUUAACACGGCCAGCAUCGCCCGCCACAACGGCAAACACCUCAUGCGCGUGUACCCCAAGGGCACGCGCAUCAGCUCCUCCAACCUCAAGCCGGUGCGCUUCUGGGGCCUCGGCGCGCAAAUCUGCGCCCUCAAUUGGCAGACAUUUGGCACCAGCAACCAGCUCAACGACGCCCUCUUUGCCGGGUCCGACGGCUACAUACUCAAGCCGCCGGCGCUACGACAGGGCGGCGACGGGUCGCUGCAGACGGGCCGCCGGAAGCGCCUCCGGCUGCACGUUGGCGGCGCCACCGACAUCCCGCUGCACGCCGAUCGCGAGGGCCACACGCUCAAGCCGUACCUGACGUGCACGCUUCACAGCGCGCUCGCCGAGAGCACCGCCGACACGCCCAAGCGCAAGACGGACGCUUACAAGCAUCACAAGUUGGGAUUCCUGCACCGCGGCGACAACCCGCCGGCUACGGACCCCAUCUGGGACGAGACGCUCGAGUGGACCUACGAGGACAAUGAGCUGGUAUUUUUGCGCAUGCUCAUCAAGAGCGAUGAUGCGUGGGCACGCAACCCCAUGUUUGCCGUGGCGGCGGUGCGGCUGUCGUAUACAAGGCCGGGAUGGACGUUUGUGAGGUUUCUGGAUAUGCAAGGCAGGGAGACCAAGUGUACAGUGUUGCUGGACUUUGACAUUCAGGAUGUCGCCACCGUGUAA